GGCUCCUCUGCCCAUCCGCGCCCCACAACACCACACCCCCAAGGUUAACGACGCAUUUACAUCCGAGGUUAACUCGGUUCACGGGCGGCGCGUUUCGAAAGAUCGUAACCCAAACGAGCUGGUCUGUCAAUCGUUACAAUUAAUUGCACAUAUUUUUUUAUCACGCAUCGCGCCUUCCUUGUGGUAUUUAAACAUAUGCAUUGUGUGUUACGAAGUCGUCCUCUAGUAGGACGUGUGCUGCAGGCAGUGAAGUCCGCAGUGGCCGUGUGUGUGUGUUCCCGGCGAGCUACGGCACAGUCGCACAGGAGUAAGAUGUGCAUAAUAUCCCAGAGAUCUAGUGUUUGCUUGUGAAAAUGGCGCAUAGAGAUGCCAACCCGGCUGGGUCGCCGUUUGCCGUCUAACAGAGAAACGGAAAUGCAUCGUCUCUGAGCAUCACCUGCGUUUCGCUCACGGUCUCGCCUGCGCCACCCCAUCGGGCGGUACUGCUGUGAGAUGCGGUAGUUCUGUAACGGUGGGAGACAGGAUCCAGCGCACCGAUCGAGGUAUUUACUGCUGCUCGUAGCGAGUCCCGCCUUGCAUCAUGUGGCUCAGCGCUGACUCAGAUUUCCUGUGAGAGGCCGUGAGAGAGAGGUCCACUUCCCGACCCCCCCCCCCCCCCGUCCCCGUCCCGUGUCACAGCUCCCCGGUCUCCCUCCCACCGAAGACGAGCCCUCGUCACCCUCUGCAGGGAGACCCCCACAUCGCUGUAAUCAUCUCCGAGACCAUUGGGCCGACAUGAGUGGGCUUUUCGCCAAACUGGACCCCAGGCGGAUCCAGUGGGGGGCCACGUGGAAUGCCUUCCGGUCCCGUAUCCUGCGCACCAAGCCGGUGGAGUCCAUGCUGGACGGCUCCACCAGCACCGGUGCCCACGGCACCAAACUGGCCCGUGUGCUCACCACCGUGGACCUGGUGUCUCUCGGCGUGGGCAGCUGCGUGGGCACCGGCAUGUACGUCGUCUCCGGGCUGGUUGCUAAGGAGAUGGCGGGCCCCGGAGUUAUUGUGUCCUUCAUCAUCGCUGCAGUGGCUUCAAUCCUGUCAGGCGUGUGCUACGCCGAGUUCGGCGUGCGUGUGCCCAAGACGACCGGCUCUGCCUACACCUACAGCUACGUCACGGUGGGCGAGUUUGUGGCCUUCUUCAUCGGCUGGAACCUCAUCCUCGAGUACCUGAUCGGCACGGCCGCUGGUGCCAGCGCCCUUAGUAGCAUGUUUGACUCGCUGGCCAACCACUCCAUCAGCGGCUUCAUGAUCAACCACGUCGGCACGCUCAACGGCCUGGGCAAAGGAGAGCAGUCAUAUCCGGACCUACUGGCGUUGCUGAUUGGCAUCUUGGUGACGGUGAUCGUGGCGCUGGGCGUGAAGAACUCGGUGGGCUUCAAUAACGUGCUCAACGUCAUCAACCUGGUGGUGUGGGUCUUCAUGAUGAUCGCUGGCCUCUUCUUCGUCAAUGGCACCAACUGGGACGAGGGAAGGUUUCUGCCUUUCGGCUGGUCUGGGGUCAUGCAAGGAGCUGCCACCUGCUUCUACGCCUUCAUUGGGUUCGACAUCAUCGCCACCACGGGGGAGGAGGCCAAGAGCCCCAACACCUCCAUCCCCUACGCCAUCACCGCCUCGCUGGUCACCUGCCUCACUGCCUACGUCUCUGUGAGCGUCAUACUGACCCUGAUGGUGCCCUACAGUGAGAUCGACGCCGACGCCCCCCUCAUGGAAAUGUUUUCCAUUCACGGCUUCCAGGCAGCCAAGUACGUGGUGGCUGUGGGCUCGGUGGCCGGGCUGACAGUCAGCCUCCUCGGCUCGCUGUUCCCAAUGCCACGGGUCAUCUACGCCAUGGCCGGUGAUGGCCUGCUUUUCAGGUUCCUGGCACAUGUCAGCAGCUACACGGAGACGCCAGCGGUGGCGUGUGUGGUCUCGGGCUUCCUGGCGGCGCUCCUGGGCCUCCUGGUGAGCCUGCGGGACCUGAUCGAGAUGAUGUCCAUCGGCACGCUGCUGGCCUACACGCUCGUGUCGGUGUGCGUGCUGCUGCUGCGCUACCAGCCCGAGGGCGACAUCCACGGCUUUGUCAACUUCCUGUCGGAGGAAAGUGCCAAGAGGAAGGAGGGUGUGUUGGCCGAGUGCGAGAAGGAGGCGUGUUCGCCGGUCAGCGAGGCCGACGACUACGGCGGCGCGCCACUCAACACUUGCGGGGCCAAGAACCUGCCCUCGUUGGGUGACAACGAGAUGCUCAUCGGCAAGCCCGACAAGUCGGCCUACAACUCAAGCCACCCCAACUACGGCACAGUGGACAUGGGGACGGGCAUCGAGGCCGACGAGUCGGAGAGUCCCCACCUGCGGAAGCUGAAGAAGCUUCUUGGUCCACGGUAUUAUACCCUUCGCAUUCGCCUGGGCCUUCCGAGCAAGAUGGACCGGCCCACACCUGCCACGGGCCACACGGUCACGACUUGCGUCAUCCUGCUCUUCAUCCUCAUCUUCCUCUUCUGCUCCUUCAUCAUCUUCGGCUCCGAUUACAUCUCGGAAGGCAGCUGGUGGGCGGGGCUGCUGGUGGCGCUGAUGGUUCUGCUGGGCGCUGGCCUGAUCUUCGUCAUCCUCCAGCAGCCCGAGAACCCCAAGAAGCUGCCCUACAUGGCCCCCUGCGUGCCCUUCGUGCCCGCCUGCGCCAUGCUCGUCAACGUGUACCUCAUGCUCAAGCUCUCCAGCAUCACCUGGAUCCGCUUCACCGUGUGGUGCUUUGUGGGCGUGCUCAUCUACUUCGGCUAUGGCAUGUGGAACAGCACGCUGGAGAUCACGGCGCGGGAAGAAGAGGUGCACGCCAGCACGUACCAGCGCUACGGGGCCGACGUGGACGAGAGCUUCGCUGCUGACGAUGACCUCUACCCCGGCGGUGACGGCGGCCCGUUCCAGCCGUGGGGUGCCCCCGAGGAUACUGGCUACUCCUUCGAACAGCAGCAGCAACAGCCGCCGCUGGCGCCUGGCAGCGGAAACGACAUUCGGACCUCCACACAGAGCGGCAGAGCCAAAAGCAAAGGCAAACCGGGCCACGGCUUCGAGGCCCUGAUUGUGGACGAUGAGCUCGACUACUCGCCAGAAUGAGAUCACACUCAGGUGUGCUCCAGUGUCAGCCUGGCCUCCCAUGGGCUAGAAUGUUACCUCCAGCCCUCCCCCCAUUUAGCGAUUUGCUUACAGGCUUCUAUUUUAAAGAUUUAUUGCCAUGAUAGCUUGCGUGUCUUUCUGGAUAAGUGUGAGUUAAUUGGUGCCUAACGAGUCUGAAGCUAAUAGCUAAUUGAACCUUUUAUCCAUUCAUUUGCCCUGUAAGUCACUAUGUGCCGUAGGAAGCACUGUACCAGAGCUGGACAUAGAUAAAUUUUCUAAUUUGUUUUUUUACUAAACUACCAGAUAGGCCUUAGCCAGCAGGGUAGAGGAGCAGGUUGCUGGCUUUACAAAGCCAAAAGGAAAAAUUAUUGGUUCAG